GUUUGCUUCUUGAUGCCUCAAUAUCUAAGCCAGCCAAGCUAGGAAGAGAGAAAGAAUACAAAAAGAGAGUUGAGUCAGAAGUGAUGAUAGUCACGUCCUACCAUACCCACAAAAACCUUCCUUCAAUCCAACUCAAUGCCCACACAGAAAAUCUUGACCUUUCUUUCUCCCACAAUCCCAAAUGAAAUCAAGCAUACUAAAUCAAAUUAAAAAUCUGAAAAAGACUGUUUCUUGAUUUCAAUUUCUUUGAAACAAAUUCUAUUUCUUAAUUUUCUCAAAAACCCAACAAUGACUGAAGUACUCCAUUCAUCCCCAUCUCACUUCCCUUCUCCUUCAAGCUCUUCUUCCACCCCACGUGUCAACAAUGAUAUGCAACGCCAACAACUUCACCAUAACCCCACAAGACUCCAAGAAAUAGACCAAGAACAGGAACAAGAACAGGAACAAGAACAGGAACAAGAAGAGGAUGGCUUCAUUGAGAGGAAAAUAAGGGGGAGAGAAGGGGAUCAGCUGUCACUUCUUGACAUUUUGGCUGCUGCUUUUAGGAGGUCUGUUGUUGGGUGUAGUACUACUGCUGCUAUUGGGAGUAAGGAGAUUUGCAAUAUGGAGAUUGGGUUGCCCUCUAACGUUAGGCAUGUUGCUCAUGUCACUUUUGAUAGGUUCAAUGGGUUUCUUGGCUUGCCUGUUGAGUUUGAGCCUGAGGUCCCCAGGAGAGCUCCUAGUGCCAGUGCAACUGUUUUUGGGGUUUCAACUGAAUCCAUGCAGCUUUCGUACGACACCAGAGGGAAUAGCGUGCCGAUAAUACUCUUGAUGAUGCAAAGACAAUUAUAUGCCCAAGGAGGCUUGCAGGCAGAAGGAAUUUUCAGAAUUAAUGCAGAGAAUAGCCAGGAGGAGUAUGUUCGCGAACAAUUAAAUAGGGGAGUGGUUCCUGAAGGCAUUGAUGUUCAUUGCUUGGCAGGUCUUAUAAAGGCUUGGUUUAGAGAACUUCCAACUGGUGUCUUGGAUUCUCUUUCACAAGAGCAGGUAAUGGAAUCUCAGUCAGAGGAAGAGUGUGUUCGGCUGACAAGGCUCCUUCCUCCAACAGAAGCUGCUCUGCUGGAUUGGGCAAUAAACCUAAUGGCUGAUGUUGCACAACUGGAACAUCUGAACAAGAUGAACGCACGCAACGUUGCCAUGGUUUUUGCACCAAACAUGACUCAAAUGUCCGAUCCAUUAACUGCACUGAUGUAUGCUGUCCAAGUGAUGAACUUUCUCAAGACGCUUGUUGUUAGGACACUGCGGGAGAGAGAAGAAUCUGUUAUAGAAUCAGCUUCUGCUUCGAGCCUUGAACCCUCCGACGAGAAUGAGCACCAAAGUUCUUCUCACCCGUCUUUCAUGGACGCUAAUGAGGAAUCCAGUGAAGGGGAGAAAGAAUUUUUUUCUGAAGAACCUGCCAUUGAGAAUCCGACUCAACCCAGUCAACAUGAUUGCACAACUGAAAGUGGAUCUAAUAUUUUCCUGACUUGGAUCGAAAACAUUCCCGGAGUAGAUCAGUCUUUGUUUGGCACUUGUCCUUGUGAAGUUGCAUCUCAAGUAAAUGCAUUAACGAAUGAAAAGCUAGAGAGUAGCAUAAAAAAUAAGAGUGGAGGAGUCCAAACAAGAACUUCCAAGAACAGAACUGGGCAAUCAAGUAAUUCAAAUCUCAAGAAGGGAUCCAAAAGGGUAACUGCGAAGACAAUGAUUUGGGCAGCAGGAUCUGUAGAGAAGAACAAAGGAGUUGGCAUGGUAAGUUGUAUAAAUCCUAGGAAAGAGCUGUCCGAAGCUUGGCGAUGAAGGGCUUCAACGAAGAAUUGUGCGAAUGCCAAUUGAUUAAAAUGCUGGCAUGUUGUGUGUUUUCAUUUGGAAAUAUUUUGUAUCAUUUGUGUGCUUUUGUUAUAUGUUUGUGGGUGUUCAUUAGCCAUGGGCUGCUGCUUCUUCAUGUUUAAUUUCCUUAACAUGUUCUAACAUCCUCUUCUUCAUAGUACAGCAUAUAAUCUUUUACCUUCUUCUUA